AUGGUCUAUAUCCUGAUUUUAUUUCAAAACUUCCUCUUCCUCGGGCUUUCUCUCCAAAUUUCUCUACUCCCUUCCACAGGUGUCCCUCCGCCCAGCCGAAAGCUCGGAAAUAUGAUUUACGAUUCCUCAAAAAACCAGCUUGUUAAUUUCGGAGGCCAAUCUACAGACGGGUCAUAUUCUAACGACCUCGCUUCAUUUUCUUUAUCACAUAUGAGAUGAAGCUUAAUUUUGCCUUAUUUAUCUACAGUCCCAGACGAAAGAGCAGCAUCUGCAAUGUUUUAUGAUGACAUUAACCAACAAGUACUUCUAUAUGGAGGGAGGACACGUGCAGGCCCUGCUGGGGAUUUUUGAAGCUAUAGCUUAAUAGAAAACAGCUGACAACAAUUAUCUAGAAAUGGGGAUGAUCCAGGCCCAAGGGCAUAUACAGCACAUGUGGAAUAUUCAAGAGGAGGAAAGAACUACUAUGCAAUUUUCGGAGGUCUGACUCCUACAGCAAUAGAUAACAGCUUAUAUAUGUAAAAAUUAUGUAGUCUUAAUGGGAGUGAUUUUACAUGAACAAAAAAGCCAACUGCAGGGAGUCCACCACAGCCAACUGAAAGUGCUGGAAUUGGGUAUUAUAAGGAUAAGUUAUAUGUAUGAGGAGGAUUAAGCAGAUUUUCUACAGAGCUGCAGGAUACAAAAUUGCAUGUUUUUGACUUGGAUUCUGAAAAAUGGACACAGAUUAGUGUUUCAGGGCAAACUCCACAUGGGAGAUUUCAGCAUUUUUUGUGUGUGAUAGGUGACUAUUUGUUUAUAAAUAAUGGGGAGGAUUUUACGACUGGAAAUUCUAUUUUUGAUAUUUGAAAAAUUAAUUUAGGCCAGAUUAUAUGAAAUUAAUACUAUGAAAAUAUAGGAUUUUGCAUAUUCUGAAUGAUAAAUCAAGAUAAUAGCCAAUUACUAUAAAAACCACUAAAUAUGAUAUAUUAUAGCAACUCUCAGCUUAUGAGAAAAAGUCAAUUUUGAAGACCCAGACGACAUCGCCACUGAUAGUGGCUCUAUUACUACAGCAGGCUCUACAAUUUAUUCCUUCGGCGGCACCUCAGCAUCCGGCAUAAACAACUCUCUUACCUCAAUUGAUCUUUCUGCCUCAUCUAUAGCCUAUACCUUAGUUUCCGCUGAACUUCAUGGCCCAGAAGCCAGAAUGAUGCACUCAAUGCACACAAUCCACACUUCUUUAUGGAUUUUUGGCGGAAUAAACAGCGACAAAAAAUAGUAACUUCUAUACAGCCUGAAUGAUAUGUGGAAAUUUGAGCUAGAAACUAAUACAUGGGCCAAGCUUUCUACCACUGGUGACAAGCCACCUGCAAGAGCAAGGCAUGGCAGUUGCUCAUCUGCAGACACUUAUGUCAUCUUUGGAGGGAUAAAUGAUGAUGGCUAUUUAAAUGAUAUGUACGAAUAUACAGUUUUAGCAAAUACAUGGAGAGAAGUGACUACUUCUUCUAGUAAAUACCCAACUGAAAGGCAUGGAGUCUGUAUGGCACAAGCUGACUCUUUUAUAUAUAUUUUUGGAGGACAUACAAUGUCAGGGUAUUCUAAUGAGCUGUGGAGGUUUGACACUAUUGAUAACUCAUAUGUGCUUUUGGAUGAUGGAUUAUCAGAACAAGUCCCAAAGCUAGCUUAUACGAAAUGCUUUAUUAGGAAUAUAAAUAAGGUUUAUUAUUUUUAUAUAGCCACUGGAGAAGGGGAAGAUGGAGUCCCAAAAUCGAUUAUAAGCAGAUAUGAUUUAAAAAAUGAGGAAUGGCAGCUUGUCAUGGAUGCAGGAUAUGGCUCAUUUGCCUUAUCUGGGGCUGGAGGAGUAAAUAUUGACAAUUACUUAGUCAUUUUAGGUGGAGAACAGUGGAAUUUUGAAGCUUUUGAUAACAUUUUUAUGAUAGAUCUCGACAAUAACCCAGAGCCGAUUAAAAUUGGAAAAGUCGAAGAGCCUACCUAUGCAACUGAAAUGACUUAUUUUGGACAGUCUCUAUAUUUAUUUGGAGGCGGGGAUACUAUUUCAAGCCUGGUCCAAAAUUAUAUACCAAAACAAUUUUUAUUUGAAAUUAGCCAAAGCUCUGAAGACAAUUUUGCGUGACCUUGCAGCAAUGGAACAUAUGGAGAAAAAUGCAAGCCAUGCCCAGAAGGGCAUUACGCAGACAGUUUUGGGACAACUGAGUGCAAAAAAUGCCCAAAAGGAACUUAUAAUACUUUUAAAGGAGCCAGAACUCAUGACGAGUGCUAUCCGUGCCCUUAUGGGUCUUACGCACCUAGUGAAGGCUCAAAAUACUGCGAUAACUGCCCAGCAAGCAUGUACUGUCCAGCAGGCACCUCUUCUCCUCUACAUAUAGAAGACCGAAUCGAUUUUGUGAGCAUCCAGCCUCUUUUAUUCAGCGAAAGUUCCAGUACGAGUGACCAAGUUUUCAGCUACACCUUAUAUAUCGUUAUUUCCAUCUCUACUAUAUUGACACUCCUCCUAAUUUGUCACAAACCUAUACGAGACUCUAUGCCGCGCCUUGACUCCUAUUCAAGAAACCACGAAACCAAAGACAACCACCCCAUAAUUAAGCGACGAACCUCACUUGGCGGCCUUUUCAGUGUCAUUUUUCUUCUUUUAGCAUUUUUAUAUGCCUUACAAGGAGCCACAAUUUAUAUCACAAAUAACAUAAUUGAAGAAAAAAUGCUUGAGCCUUUGGUCUCAUUAGAAAAUGACUAUUCAGCCUUUCCUGGGGAUAUUUAUAUUAAUAUCACUUUUUUUUACUAUGGAGGAAACUGUGUCAGUAAUGACUCUUGUGUGGCAGAUUUAUUGUACAGCUAUGCAGAUAUUGAAGGAAAACUGAUAGGGCCUGACUGUUCAUUGGUGGGAAGAGACUGUCACGUUACUUUUGUGUGCCAUGGAUGUGAUCUAGGGGUUGGGGCAGCUAUUAAUUUAUCAAUGCUAGAGCCACGAAGUUAUGCAAGCUUUAUUUCAGUCAAUAUUUCGUCAACGUCUUCAAUCCCAGAUGAGCUAAGCUCUAUUAAAAUUGAUAUCGCACCUACUAGUACUUCUUUGGUAUUCAGAGGCCAAAAUGCUUCAAAAUUUACGUUUUCGAUGACACCGUCUGUUUUUCUUUCAGAUGUUUCUAGGUGAAAUCGUAAUCAAACUGGGUACCACGUGUCUUUGCCGCAUUCGCCGACUGCAGGGUCAGCACUGCCUACAGAUGAGUAAAAGUUAUUUAGGAUAAAUUUUGAAGACUCUGUAAGGGUUUCUAUCAGUCUUGAUAUAGGAGAUGUGGUUUUGGUCACCAAAAGGUUGUUAUCAGAGACAUUUUUUUUGCUACUUGGGUCUUUACUUGGGUCUGUGUUUGGGAUCAUACAAAUUGGUGGGACCCUUAUGGGGAAAACUGAGGAAAUUCAGAAUUUCGCAAUAAAGAAAUGGAAACAUUAUCGUCGGUUUCAUAGGAUUGUUGGGAAUAUUGAGAAGCUUAGAAAUGCAGUUGAGCCGAGGGAGAUUGAAAAUAAUACUCCAUCAGCUCAGACCACUGAGGCUUAUAUAUUUGAUGAUUUCAGAAUUAAGAAAAAGAAUAGAAUAAUAGAUUAG